CCGUAAUCAGGUCACGACAAGGAGAUCGCGGCGGCAAAGAUAUUUUCAAACCGGCGAAGUUGCUGCAUGUUCUCCACGACGAAAAGCAUACGCUGCACCGAGUUGCACACCAUGUAGUAACGUCACUCGUAGUCAUUCGUCCGCACAUUCGCGCUGCCGAGACGACACAUGGGUUCAAACGAACACGUACUUGUUGCCUGUCUGUGCAUAGUUCCGAUGCAUUUCGGCCAAUCACAUGGCGAUCGCUUCUCCCCCCUCCGGCGGCAUGGGCAGCUACGGCAGCAUCUCUCAAGUCGAUCUCGAGCAGCAAGAGGAGCACACGAUGAGCCUCGCGGACCGCCUGUACGCGUACGACCUGACGUGGUCUACCAAGCUGUACCACCGCUUUGGUCGCGACCCAACUCCGCGUCUGUGCUGGGAGAUUUUCUCGCACUCGGGCGAUGGCUUCCUGUGGAUCCUGACGAUCCCGCCGCUUAUGGGACUGCUGUGGGUGGCCGGUCUCAUCGGUCCUUUUGAACCGGCCACCAAGAUGCUGCUGUCGGCGCUCUUCACGGUCAUGACGGUGGACAUCAUCGCCAUCAUGCUGCUUAAAUUCGUGUUCCACCGUCAGCGACCGCCCUUCCACCAGGCAGACAUGCGCUUCGUAGGACCUGACCAGCACUCGUUCCCGUCCGGUCACUCCACGCGCGUGUGGGCCAUGGUGGCUAUGCUCAUUUACAUCGCCGAGACGCAUCCGUGGAUCCUGCGCAGGUUCUUCUACGACCUGUCACCGGCGGUGCUGGUAGCCAUCUCGAUCGUCUGGGCGCUAGUCAUCAACUUCUCGCGCGUGGCGCUCGGCCGUCACUACCCGACCGACGUGCUCGCCGGCACGCUCAUUGGCUUCUUCGUCUUCUGGCCAGUCUCACUCUUCUUCAUCAACCACUACAACAUGCUGGACGCGCCGCCCCCGCCGUACUGAGCUACUCGCAGUUAGGUGAGACCAAGAACAGGCAGCUAGAGACUGUAGCCAGGAGCUUAUCUUCUCCAGGUUAGGUAGCUAGAGUGAUUCAACAAGGUGUACCCUUGUCUCUUUUUGUAAGUUGGCGUUCACAACGUCCUGCUAUCGUGCUGGACAAAGUUGUCCACCUCGACCG